AUGGAUGUGUUACUACAAGCAGGUCUUGACACUGGAUCAGUCGAAAGCACAACAGAAAAGAAUAUAUUUCAAGAUCUGACAGUAAUCUUAGUGGAAGAGAGAGGGUCACUCAACACUGACCCAGUCAGCAACGAGGUCAGUCAGAUGUUUAGAAUAGUUCUGUUUGUCUUCAUCUGCGGAAUUGUGAGUUUGUUUGGAAUUGGCGCAAACGUGACAAAUAUUAUCGUCUUCAUCAAACAAGGAUUUAAGGACAGCAUCAACAUGAGUUUGUUAGGUCUGGCAGUGGGAGAUCUAGGUUGUGCGUUGACCAUGGUCUGGGUGAGCAUUAGCUUCAGCCCAUUGUUAGAGACCCCAGACAUAAACUUCAACCCGUCCGAUGUGAUGUACCUGAGUGGAGGUUGGCCACAUGCAUGUUUCAACAG